AUGUCAUCCAACUUGCCCACAUCCAACGCCACCAUGUUGAACAACGACAACACACCUACAACCACCACAAGCUCUCCACCAACCUUCCAUCUAUUCCCAAGACUUCCAGCAGAACUCCGAAUCAAGGUUUGGAAGUUUGUUGAUGCCGACGGUCGCAUCGUGAGCGUCACUAACGUCUACCAUCCAAAUGAAUGGCUAGUUAAUGCACGAAACUACGUCCCUUCCAGCCUUCUCAGCACCAACCACGAAUCAAGAACCAUUUACCUCAAGCAACCAGCCCAUCCUCUUACGAUUAGAGUCAAAGACCACCAUAAAUUCGCCGAGAAUGGCGCAGGAGUAUCAUUUCCCAAGGCCUAUUUCAACCCCGAGGUCGAUACACUUUACAUACCAGAAGAGACAACAUAUCUAUGGUACCGACACUCCAAACUCAAAUUAUUUGAGUUUCCUUACCAGCUCUCUCAGUAUCUGAAGCACCUGGCAUGUGGAUGGGCAACUUGGACCAUGAUAAGGCAUUGGAUCGAAGUUCGUUCUUGGCGCAAUAGAGAAGAGAACUGGAAUACACGAAAGGAGUUCCCCGUCUUGGGAGACGUUUUGGUGGUGGUCAAUGACAAGAUAGAAUGGAUUAAGGAUACCUUAACUGGCGAAAUCGUGCUGAAAGACUUGUCCAAUGAUCACAUCGUAAAGAUGAAAAGGGGCAUGGUCAGUGAUCGUCGUUUUGACGAUUUGUAUGGUAUCAAGGAAGAUAACGGGUCGGUGCUGGGCCAAUACGAGAGAUUUUUUGGCGUGCCACCAAGACUGAUGGUAGUGGAGGGAAGAUAUCCAGACGAUGAGUAG